GUGAUGUGACGUAAAAAUAUAUAUUCCGCGCACAUCAAUUUAUUUUCUAUUAAUAUACAAAAAUUCCGUCGUUUUAUAAUGAAAACGUAUUAAGGUACAUUGCCAGCGUAAAUAUGGAGGCACCUAAGAACGACGCGCCGAAAUUGCCCGAUAUGGUUAUGUGCGGCGACCAUCCGUCUUUCACGAAGACGGAACUGAACGUCAAAACAGACGCGAAGAUGGAUGAAAAAGAUAAGGAUAAGGGUAAAGACAAAAACAUGUCCUACGCCAAGAUCACGCCUACGCCAUCUCGCACGGAGCGGUCGGAGCGGCUGGAGCAGGCGCUGGCGCUGGAGCGCGGCGGCAGCGAGGCGGCGCUGCGCGCGGGCGAGGCGCGGCGCCGCGUGCGCGAGCUGGAGGUGGUGCAGCGCCCCGACAUCGACGUCAGCGCCACCUCCAACCGCGCGCUCGUACAAGGUACACAUGUUGCGCGUGUGUGUACAGCGGCGCUGGGCAGCUUCCGCUGGCCGCCGUACCUGCUGUGCGUGUGGGUGCUGGUGCUGGUGCUGACGCACGUGCUGCACUGCCUCGUCAGCGUGCUGGAGAGGGCACUGCCCGCUAUCAGGAAGUGCAGCCAGGUGUUCCGCGCGUGGACGGAGGAGACGUGGCGCGGCGAGGCGGAGCUGAACCAGCGCGUGUGGCCGGUGGCGCUGGCGGCGGUCACGGCGCUGCUGUACGCGCUGUACUUCGCGCUGUACGCGGCGUACGCGGUGGUGCUGUGGGCCAUCGAGCCGCUGUGCAACGACGCCGACGACAAGCGCAGCGCCACCGACCUGCGCGGCCUCGCCCUGCGCGAAGACCCCAAGCCCUGACCGUCCUCCA